AUGAAUUUUAAAGGGAUUUUUUUCCUUCUCUUCGUUGCUCAACUUUUCAUUACAACUGAGACUGCCCGCAGGCGUUUCCAACUUGUACUUAACAAUUUAACUUGCAACAUCCUCAGCCCCUUGGUAAAACGUUUUGAUUGUGACUUUAAGAAGUUUGCAACAAGUCGCUAUGCCUUAGACGCUAAUUUUCUAUUGCGGCGUGAUUUCAACCAAAAUGCAGAGAUUCAUGCUUUGAUCUAUUUUACCCCAGCCAAAGCUAAAAGAGCUGUAAAGUUCAUGGAUCUGAAAUUAAAUAUCUGCAACAUGCUGACAACGGCAAUGUCCAUGCCCUUGGCUAGAAUAAUUUUGGACGAAUCUAGACGUACGAGUAACUUGCCCUACGAAUGUCCUGUGAGAGGAGAUUUGUUGUACACUUUCAAUAAUUACAGUAUCAGCGCUGAAACUCUGCCCCCAUACUUUCCCUUGAUGACAUUGAAUUUUUCCUUAUUCACUUAUGAUAACCAAGAGUUGAUAGCGGAAUUUUUAUUGGAGGGCACUACACUGUUACGGUAG